AGUUAUCCUCGCCUCAUCUUCAGAAGAAAUGAAGUGUAAAUCUCGGGCUAUUAGUACGUAAGAACCUCCACUCCCCACGACUGCGUCGUGGGGCAAGGCUGAAGAUUGGUAAACAUCCAUGUAUCUUCAUAGUUCUCCUUUUACGUAGUUGUCGUUCGCAGGCCUGCUCCCUGCUAGGCACAGGCAGGCAGCGAAGCCGAAGCGUAGACCAUGACAGUCUCCGAGGCAACGCGAUUGGUUUUGUUUCCCAUGCUCCGCGCCAGACUGUUUUUCGAAGGAGCAACUACCCUACUGCAGCACGCCGACGGAUUUUCGAUCUUGCUACAGCACACGCGAGCGAGGACUUCGUCCUCAUCGACAGAAAAGGAAAAAGUGCACAGUAAGGUUUUAGAAAUGGGUAGGACGGAGAAUAGCAAAAGGCGCCUUGAUGAAAAUACGAGCACAAAAAAGCAGACCGCCGCCCGCGAUAAAAGCGGAUCAUCUGCCGAUAAUAAUUCGAGCCAACAUUGCGCCGGCUCGCACGAAGAUUGCAGCUCCUUGCGCUGCUGCGCGGACCCGGCGCUGCGCUGCUACAAGAAAGACCAGUACUGGUCGGGUUGCAUUCCGCCUGUGGGUUUUCCUGGCGGGUGCACACCGGGGGGAACCCGGCUGGAAGACGGGGCGGAGUGGUCGCACAUGCCCUGGGUUUGCGAGUACAUUGACGUCAAUCCGCUGCCAACCACAACAGCACCGGUCACCACGACAACUACUACACCUGGCACCGGCGGUGCCAGCAGCACUUCUCCAAGCAAUGCUGACAGUAGUACCGGCACCCCCUACCUCCCAGUCACCUGGCAAAAUAACGAAACGAACCUGGCCCCAACGGGGGAUCAUGACCAGUCGGAAGUACAGGAUGGCGAGGUUACUGCGAUGUUAAGACCAAAGGGUCCCAGUUUGAAUUGCUGCGAAGGGGGUUCCUUUACCGGUGAUGUUCCGCAGGCUUUUGGAGACGAAGUGGGCGCUGCUACGGAGGCUCAGCAUGCGCUCCACAAGGCUCAAGAUGGCAGUAGUACGCAUGCUGACGCUACGUCGGAAUCGGAGGAUGAGGGGCAUCAUCUUUCAGGGGCAGCUCAACCCCCACCGUCGCAGGCACCAGUGCAAGACAGUGUGGGGGUUUCUCAAAGAUGAAGAUGAUACAUGCACGCGCAUCAACGUCUGAACAUUGGCCCCAAAGCACCCUAUAGGAUUACUCUGCGGAUAGAGGUGAAAUAGUAGUGCAGAAAUUUCCAGCCGGACGAAAGGGGUGGCCCGUUCCGCAUGGGCCAUCGCGUUUUCACAAUGCACAGCACGGCG